CAAAAAGUGAAAUAAUGGAGAUUUGUUAGCCUGACAAAAGGUAGAGUUUUUGUCAAUUCCCCGCAGCCAUUACCAGCUACAGAUGAGGCAAAAGGCAUCUCUUCCAUUGUUUCAUAGACAUAUGUUUAUAAUAUUGUCCUAUUCAACAUUGGAAUAAUUUAGACAGGGGGUGGAGGUGGUCUUUUCAAAAUGGUAUAGACCCUGCAGGUGACAGUGCUGCUGGGGUUUUUCUUAAAAAUAAAUUAUUUUAUUACAUAUUGUGUGUCUGGCUUUCCUAGAAUAGCAAGAGUUAAUUUAACUCUUACGCUGCAUGUGCGUAUGUUUGUUUGUGCGUCUGACUGUAUGUGCGCACGUGUGUUUGUGUUUAUAUGUAUGGCAAUAUGGAGGAAACCCCCAAGAUCUCAUGUAUGGCUUUUUUUUUUCUGCAGGUGCUUACACCUGUAUGAGUGUACCUGGAACAUCAUGGGGUGAUGACGCUUGCCUCGACCCAGACGUUCUUCACGGUAAGUGACGUCUGCUGCAUUCUCACGCCAGUUAUAGCAUUUACUGGGGCGAGACAAUGAGGAUCUGCCACUUCCAAACAGCCACAUUAUUACUACAUUAUAUGUGGAUGGUGUAGAAAUAUUUGAAUAGAUGUAGAUGAAAGUAUAACUUCCUUUUAUAUCUGCAGAGUAGGUAGGGUUACAGCUGCUACAAUAUUUGAUAAUCACUGUGGUCAUCAGUAGAUUUGUACAGGUAUAGAGGCAUCAGUGCAUUAAAACCUAUAAAAGAAAUACAACAUGUAAUGGUGCUUGCAAUGUCUCUUUAAAUCCCCUAAGUGCCCUGAGAGCUCUACUAGCCGCACUUCCAGACGCUCUCCUAUGUAGGAAAGUGUCCCUCUCUGGCCAUUUGAACUGUUGGAAACCUAUGGAAGUCUGUGAAUGAAACGAGGAAAAGCAGAGUAUGGUGGUAAAUAAGGAGAGGAAAAACAUAAUGGUGGGGUUAAGUGGCAAGAAAUGAGGAGAAACGAAACCAGGGUCAAUGGGUUACUCCAAAAAUCAUAACUACUACAGCUAUCUGCUGUGGUUAAUGUGCUAGACGUGCCCUGGCACCAUUUCCCUGUAAUGGGGCAAACCAUUCUGGUGUCGUUUGACGUGGGGGGGGGGGGAUAGUAGGCCGAUAUUAUUAAUCUGUUCCUUUUCUUUCAUGAAGGACUAGGUCCUGCAUUACACCCAUGCAGUGAAAGACAAGAUGGAGUACCAGCUCAGUGAACAGGUGAGGUUUAGACAGACAUCCAUCAGCUGUACUCAAAGGCUUGUUUUAUUUCCUUACGGAGGUUAAGAAGACGACUGUGGAUUCCCAAUUCAGAAUGUGUGUGUGUGUGUGUCAAUGUGCCUAACACUAGGUGGUGAUAUUCUGGAUAUUCCAAGCUAAUCAAUUCAUGUUCUGCUAAAACUCAGACAAACAGAAACUAGCAGAUUUGGUCAGAAACAGCCAGUGAACACAGUAAAAGUAAUUUAAUUUAGAGCAGGUGAUAACAAGUCCUUCUAACAAUAGAAGGAGAUGGUUGUAUGCCCUUCAGUUUCCUGAUACCUAAGACAGAGGUGUGAGGUUAAAGUGACAGCCUAUGUGAAAACAAAACCAUUCAGCUUGAUUUAGGUUAUGUUGGUGCUUAGAUCAUGCCCUUGCAGCUUCACAGCUCAGUUCUCUGCCAAUUCGGACACUGCAUUGGUACCUGCAUGGUGCCAGGAGUUACCUGGUGCUUUUAAGCAUGGUUCGGAGUCAACCAGCUCUCAAACUCUUUGCCACCUUACCUGAGGUUUACCAGUCCCUGCCUCCACUACUAAUGCUGGAAGUUCCUAACUAGAAACUUUUUUGUUUGUGCUCCGGAGCCAAGUAGUGCAGGCUUAGUCGCAGGCUUAGUCUGAGUACAUCUGCUGAUCUGUCUCAGAACCGAAAAUAUUUGUUCAUUUGGAAUCUUAAAGGGUCACUAUAGGGUCAGGAACACAAAUAUGUAUUCCUGACCCCUGCAAAACCCACCAUUAAGGUGGCUUGCCCCCUAAAAGUAAUUAAAACUCACCUAAUUUCCAGCACUGCGCAGGUCUGCCAGCACUGGCCCCGCCCCCUUGGUGACAUAAUUAGAAUUACAGAUUUUUAGCCAAUGCAAUGCUUUCCCAUGGGGAAAGUAUUGGAUUGGCUAAAAUCGGCAAGGGGCGGAACCAAGCACCAGGUUAGCCAAUAUGCAGCUCUAUGAGGAAAAUUCAGCGUCCACAUGCAGUGCGUGGAGACGCUGAAUGGCACUGCUGCCUACUGUGCAGCACUGAGCCAGGAAGCACCUCCAGUGGCCAUUUGGAGGUGUCUCUAGGGGCAAUGUAAACACUUCCUUGUCUCUGAAAAUGCAUUAAAAUGCCUGAAGGAAAUUAUUUUACUCACCAGAACAACUACAUUAAGCUAUAGUUGUUCUGGUGACUAUAGUGUCCCUUUAACUUCAGCUGAAAUAGAGGCAGUAGAAUGCUUACUUUAGGACAACUAAUGGCCUUCAGAUCAGGCAGCCAGGUUCAGACAUUUCAAACUUAAAGGAACACUAUAGUCACCAGAACUACAGCUUAAUGUCGUUGUUCUGGUGAGUAUAAUCAUUAUAUGCAGGGAAAAGGCAGUGUUUACAUUGCCCCUAGGGACACCUCCAAGUGGCCACUCAGAUGGUCCGCCCCUUGCUGAUUUUAGGGAGGGUGGGGCCAGCUCCAGCAGACCAGCACAGCGUUGGGGCAAGCCACCUAAAUGGUGGGUUUUGCACUAUAGGGUCAGGAAUACAUGUUUGUGUUCAUGACCCUAUAGUGUUCCUUUAACAUUGUCUUCAGCUGGAUGAGUAACACUUUUGACCAAAUAGAAGGCCACCCCACAGAGCACAGGUCUGCCAAGAGAUAUACAGAAAAUAGAUGCUUACUUGUAGGUGUGCAUGACAAAAUGAUACACACAGUGGCUCUAUUUAAUGCCCUAUGAAAGGAGGCAUAUUCCAGCAGUUGAUGGUUUGUACCAAUGAAAAAACACCCAAAGCAUUUUCUUGUUUAGGAACAAUGUGAGUUUGACGAAGUCGCCAUUUACUUCUCGGAGGACGAAUGGGGCUAUUUAACAGAAAAUGAGAAGGAGCUUUACAUGGAAGUGAUGAUGGAGAAUUACCUGAUCCUCAGAUCCCUGGGUAAGAACGUAUCACAGCUUUAUAAGAUAUUUUACUGUAAAUAAAUAAAAAUCCUCAUUAUGAUUUAUUAAUAGGAUGGAUCAACAUGAUUCCUCCAAUAAUAUCUGUUAUCGGACGAGGAGAAGAUCCCUAUGUGAAGGAUCAACAACAGUCUAUUAAGAUCGAAGAGUUUAUAAACACCAGCUGCAGUGAGUAAUAAGGAGAAUUCAUUUAUCAGCCCCCCUCCCCGGUCAGCUGUGCUUUGCUCUAAUAUUGCAAUAAGUGGCUAAAAAGAAAACCAGUAUGGGGUGAAAACAAUCUGGAAUACAUCUCUCUAAUUCUAUCUCUCCAUGGUAGCAUAACGUACAAGAGUCAAGCCAUAAACAAGAACAAAAAGACAAAUAUAUCCAACCGUACAUUGGUAAAAGGUAUAGACAGACAAUAUAAAGUGCAGAGACCGCAAUUAAAAGGACGCUCAAACAACGUUUGCUUGAGUGCUGUAUGAGUGUAGAGUGUGCCUUGUCUAAAUCACUACUAUAAUAAUGGAUGUUUUCCAUGGUGACAAAUUGAUGUUCUCAUUUUAGAGCACAAUAUCUGAACUGGACAGCUGAUUUGGUAUAUUUUGUCAUUUCACUGUUGUAGUCUAAAAUAUGAAAUUCAUGUUUUAAUCCUCAAUAAUUCACACUGUUGUCAGUAACCCUGAUACUUGUACUUCAGGAAGGAAACCUCGCCAUACUUUGCACCCAAUAUUUUCCCAAACUCAAAGAUAUAUGAAACGAUAUAAAGCUAAGACAUAUGCGAAGAUACCAGCCGUACUCAAUAUAUAGAGAGAAAAAAAUUCAGUAAUGGCUUUCAUGAAUAUAUUAACCCAUAAGUUAAGUUCUAAAUACAAACUCUGAAUGGAAUGCCCAGAAAUAAAGCCAACACAUUGCAGCUCUUGCAUCUAGACAGACCUACGAUCUCUGAAGGAAAAAUGACAUAUGGAUUCUUAUAUACGCAGUAGCAAUGUUUGUACAGGCACACAUAUAAAAGCUAGUGUGGUUAGGUCCAUCUUUGUCUCCACUAAACCGUUCUAUUGUAUAGACUGCAGUGGUCCCCAACCCAAUCUUCAUGGACCACCAAAAGUCCACGAUUUUUGUAUUUCCCUUUUUAUAUUCAAAUGCAAAUUCUGACAAAACCUGGACUGCUGGUGGUCCAUGAGGACUGGGUUGGAGACCACUUGUAUAGAGCAUACUAUGUUCUUGGGUGGUUGGUUUUUUUUUUUUGUUUGUUUUUUUUUUACUGACUUCAGAGUACUAAAUGAACAAACUGUACGAGAAAUGGCAACCAUGUAGCUAAGUAGCUUGUAUCCUUUUUAAGCUGGGAAUUUCCAUAGACAUACAAUAUUAGUCUCACAAUAGCUUAGUAGAACAAGGGGUAGAGUCAACGCUAAUCCGAAAGGCAGCAGUCCCAAACAGGGAAUCCCUCUAAUGUCCCUGGGAAUCAGAUAAUAAAAACAGCAAAGAUUGGGGGAUGGGUCUGCGCCAGUGUGCACAAUAAAUAAUAAUAUUAAGUCCAGUGAGAUCUAUAUUGUCGUAUCCAAGGAUCUACUUCAGCGAUAUCAAAAAGGUGUUGGUGGUGUGAAGAGUAAUCCAAAUAUGUGAAAAAUAGAAGAGAUCUUACUUACAAUUGGCAGAGCUUAAUCCAGCUCUGGUGUGAAUGGCUUACAGCGGUAUUAUCCCCGCUUGCAGGAUAUACAGCAAGUGUCCUCUUCUUUGUAGUGGCAGGUAACCAAGUUGGAGAAUAAAAAUAGAGACAGUAAUGGUGCAGUAUGUUCCACACGUAUGUAAAAAAUUAUAAAAUAUAGUAGAUACACUCACAUUCGGUAGAGCUUAGACUAGCUCUAGUUGAUUUGGCGUGCAGCGGUAUUAUCCCCGCUUGUGGGAUAUAGGAUGAGUGAUCUUGACUUGAGUCUCAGGAGCUCGGAGAGAAGAUAAAACAGCGAUAGUGCUCUCAAUAAAAUUUUGGUAAAAUAAAUAAGAUAAUAAAAUAUACUCACAGUAUAUAGGGCAGGCUAACUGCUCUGUGUAACAGCGUGGGUGGUAUAAUCCCCACCUAGGAUUCUUGGGAGUAUAGUAUCCAGGAAAUAAAAAACAAGUAUAAAAAUGGAUAUAAAACGUGUAUAUAUAAAAAAAAAGGAAAAAGACUAUAUAAAAGGCCAGGUAAUAAGAGACAAAAGAUGAUGGUUUAAGCAUAAAAAUAACCAAAAUCUUUUUAUUGACAAUAUAUAAAACAGUAAAAGUAUCCAAACGCGUUUCGCCAGUAUGAGGCUUUAUCAAUGGAUAAUAAACAUUUAAACCUGGCUAGUUAGAGUUUAUAUAGGAAUAAAAUUAAUUUAAAAAUUGGCGCCAAAAUUGUACAACCAAUGGUAAAGCAGAUCUUAUAUGCAUUAACAAAACAGCUUUUAGUGUUACAAAUUCAAUAGAUUUGACUUAUAUGAUGCUUAUAAUAUAAUUUGUGAAUAAAAACGAGCGUUUUUUAAUAACAAUAUUUGUGUUAUAAGCCGGACCACGUGACGCGCGUCAUAAGCGCGACGUCACUUCCGGUCGGCGGUAUCAUGGGGCAUGUAGUUUAGAAGUAAGCUACAUGUCUCAAAGCUGAAUGGGGACCCACAUUAGGCUGGGGAGAGGAAGGGGAGGUGAAUAGAGGGAGGGCUAGAAGGGGCCAUGUGACGCACGUCGAGAGCGCGACGUCACUUCCGGUCGCUCGGAUCCCUGGGACUUGUAGUUAUAAAGUGAACUACAUGUAUAUAAAGUUAAUGAAGCCCUCUAUUGGGCUCAGGGAAAGUUGGAAAAUAGACUGCAUCUAUUGAAAAUAAACUGCAUGUUAAUAAAAUAAAUAAGUAUAAACUGCAUGUUUGUAAACAUAAAAUAAAUUAAAUAAAGCCCUCUAUUGGGCUAAGGGAGAGGGGAAAAUAAUAAUCUGAAAAUAAUAUCGGCGGCCAUCUUAGGUGGGGAAUGUGGUCCAUAAGGGUAGCAUAAUAGGUAGCCAUAUUGUUGCAGGCAAAUUUAAGCACCUUAAUUAAAUAUAAAUAGUGAACAUUUUAUAAAAUACUAAUACAUAAAUAUUAAACUGUAAAGCAUAAAAACACAUAUAAAAAUGCUUAAUACAUGUUAGAAAAAGGCAAGGUAAAAAAAUCACAUAAUAAUAAUGAAAUAAAAAAUUAAAAAGUUAGAUAAAAUUAAAUAAAUCAAAAUCUGCGUUUAAACCAUUUGGGAUCAGUGUUUUUAGAUUAAAAACCCAUUCCAUUUCACAUUUGCCUAAAAUAUUUUUAAUAUUACCUCCUCUCCAUGGAAUAGUGCAUUUUUUUAUACCUAUACAUUUUAAGAGACCAGGAUCAUUAUUAUGGAUACUAAAAUGUUUAGACAGUAUGAUUCUGGUAUCCAUUAGUAAUAUUUCGGCAAUGUUCUCCUAAUCUUGUUUUGAGAUUUCUUGUGGUCGUGCCCACGUAUUGGAGCCCACAUGGGCAUUCUAGGAAAUAGAUUACAUUUUUAGUAGUGCAAGUAAUAAAAUCUUUAAUGUCGUAUGUUGUAUUGGUUUUGUUAGAUUGGAAGUGUGUGGUUUUGGGUUUCGUUGACUCAUCUGUGCAUUUGCACACUUUGCAGUGUUUACACUUAACCCUUUAAUGUUGGGUAAAAAACAGGGUUGUGACUUAUUUGUGCUUUCUUUAGUGUAAUUGGAGGUUAGAAUGCAUUCUAACAUCCAAUUACACUAAAGAAUGCAUUCUAACAUCCAAUUACACUAAAGAAAGCACAAAUAAGUCACAACCCUGUUUUUUACCCAACAUUAAAGGGUUAAGUGUAAACACUGCAAAGUGUGCAAAUGCACAGAUGAGUCAACGAAACCCAAAACCACACACUUCCAAUCUAACAAAACCACGACAUUAAAGAUUUUAUUACUUGCACUACUAAAAAUGUAAUCUAUUUCCUAGAAUGCCCAUGUGGGCUCCAAUACGUGGGCACGACCACAAGAAAUCUCAAAACAAGAUUAGGAGAACAUUGCCGAAAUAUUACUAAUGGAUACCAGAAUCAUACUGUCUAAACAUUUUAGUAUCCAUAAUAAUGAUCCUGGUCUCUUAAAAUGUAUAGGUAUAAAAAAAUGCACUAUUCCAUGGAGAGGAGGUAAUAUUAAAAAUAUUUUAGGCAAAUGUGAAAUGGAAUGGGUUUUUAAUCUAAAAACACUGAUCCCAAAUGGUUUAAACGCAGAUUUUGAUUUAUUUAAUUUUAUCUAACUUUUUAAUUUUUUAUUUCAUUAUGAUGUGAUUUUUUUACCUUGCCUUUUUCUAACAUGUAUUAAGCAUUUUUAUAUGUGUUUUUAUGCUUUACAGUUUAAUAUUUAUGUAUUAGUAUUUUAUAAAAUGUUCACUAUUUAUAUUUAAUUAAGGUGCUUAAAUUUGCCUGCAACAAUAUGGCUACCUAUUAUGCUACCCUUAUGGACCACAUUCCCCACCUAAGAUGGCCGCCGAUAUUAUUUUCAGAUUAUUAUUUUUCCCUCUCCCUUAGCCCAAUAGAGGGCUUUAUUUAAUUUAUUUUAUGUUUACAAACAUGCAGUUUAUACUUAUUUAUUUUAUUAACAUGCAGUUUAUUUUCAAUAGAUGCAGUCUAUUUUCCAACUUUCCCUGAGCCCAAUAGAGGGCUUCAUUAACUUUAUAUACAUGUAGUUCACUUUAUAACUACAAGUCCCAGGGAUCCGAGCGACCGGAAGUGACGUCGCGCUCUCGACGUGCGUCACAUGGCCCCUUCUAGCCCUCCCUCUAUUCACCUCCCCUUCCUCUCCCCAGCCUAAUGUGGGUCCCCAUUCAGCUUUGAGACAUGUAGCUUACUUCUAAACUACAUGCCCCAUGAUACCGCCGACCGGAAGUGACGUCGCGCUUAUGACGCGCGUCACGUGGUCCGGCUUAUAACACAAAUAUUGUUAUUAAACAACGCUCGUUUUUAUUCACAAAUUAUAUUAUAAGCAUCAUAUAAGUCAAAUCUAUUGAAUUUGUAACACUAAAAGCUGUUUUGUAAAUGCAUAUAAGAUCUGCUUUACCAUUGGUUGUACAAUUUUGGCGCCAAUUUUUAAAUUAAUUUUAUUCCUAUAUAAACUCUAACUAGCCAGGUUUAAAUGUUUAUUAUCCAUUGAUAAAGCCUCAUACUGGCGAAACGCGUUUGGAUACUUUUACUGUUUUAUAUAUUGUCAAUAAAAAGAUUUUGGUUAUUUUUAUGCUUAAACCAUCAUCUUUUGUCUCUUAUUACCUGGCCUUUUAUAUAGUCUUUUUCCUUUUUUUUAUAUAUACACGUUUUAUAUCCAUUUUUAUACUUGUUUUUUAUUUCCUGGAUACUAUACUCCCAAGAAUCCUAGGUGGGGAUUAUACCACCCACGCUGUUACACAGAGCAGUUAGCCUGCCCUAUAUACUGUGAGUAUAUUUUAUUAUCUUAUUUAUUUUACCAAAAUUUUAUUGAGAGCACUAUCGCUGUUUUAUGUUCUCUCCGAGCUCCUGAGACUCAAGUCAAGAUCACUCAUCCUAUAUCCCACAAGCGGGGAUAAUACCGCUGCACGCCAUUCACACUAGAGCUGGAUUACGCUCUGCCAAUUGUAAGUAAGAUCUCUUCUAUUUUUCACAUAUUUGGAUUACUCUUCACACCACCAACACCUUUUGGAUAUCGCUGAAGUAGAUCCUUGGAUAUGACAAUAUAGAUCUCACUGGACUUAAUAUUAUUUAUUGUGCACACUGGCGCAGACCCAUCCCCCAAUCUUUGCUGUUUUUAUCACAAUAGCUUAGUAACUGAAAAUGGUGAUAAAUCAACUUUGCAGGAAGAAACAACACCCCCAUCCCAGACACAGAGAGAUUUAAAAAAAAGUAAAAAAUCUACUACUAGUAAAAAGACUAAGCAGAUUGAAAAAAAAAACACAACAUAAUGAACUCGAUUCAAUCGUUAUGAUUUUGAGUUGAGAUAUAUGCUCAGACUUUCUUUUCCCGUAUGGUUCAAGACUCGUUACUAAAAAAAAAAAAAAAAAGUCAAUGAUGUAGCUCGAUCUCUGCAAACCUCCAGUCCCGGCCAUUUUAAAACUCCCAAACAGCGGUGUAUUGCCGUCGAGUGUCUGGAACCCAAAUCGGACACUCGGCUAGGCAAACACCGCUGAGACCGCCACACUGCCCUAAAAUUCGUAUCAAAACUACCGAACGGCCAACUGUUCAGUAGAAAGACACACCCGAACAAGGGGAUUUAUGCAAACCCUCCCUAGUCUCCAUAGCAUAAGCCUUUCGUGCAAUUUAUUCCCUUCUUCUGUGACCAACCGCAGGGCCAAAUCUCAUGGAACCAAUUUCGGCUGUUCCCUCCAGGGCAGUCGGUCUUUUUACUACAUCCACAGAUUUCCCAAACCCCUGGUCCGAUCUGGGUGAUUUUUGGAUAUGUUUCUAACCCAGAUCAGGGCUACCAGGAGGAUGUAAUAUUUAAAGGGGUACCUCUAGGUUUAGAGGUACAUCCAGAAAGCCAGGGAGUUUGUGUCCUGGAUAAGGGGAUUAUGAGUCAGGCUUAAGGGGAGGAGAUGUGUGGGAGGUUACUCAAGUAUGAUUGGACACUGUACUAAUGACUUUAAAUCCCUGAAACGAUCGUCUGGGGUUCCUGUGUCUCUCGUGCAGAGGGAACUUGCUGGUGGCACCAGUCUGUUAUGCUUCAGAGAUGUUCUCUCUGUAAUGGCACAAGAUGAGCUAAAACCAGCUUGAGAUCUGAGCGGGGACCCACCGAAGGGCAGGCUAUUUCAGCUGCUGUCCGUUCUGAGAAUACUCUUGCACCCCGUUUUUUUGCUCUCCACCUUUACUUAUACCUUCAUUUAAAGAAAAUUAUUUCCUUUCAAAACUUGAUGAAAGCAUUUUGUUAAAAGAAUUGGUUUGACGUGGCACUUGUCCUUUAAUCACUGUAGGCUGUGAUUUUAUAUAUUUAUUGUACCUGGACAUUAAUAUUGAGCUUUCAUUUUUUUAGAAUGCUUCGCUGACAAUUGUAUACCCACCGAAGCAAUGUGCCGUACUAUGGAAGACGGUGUGACGAAUCUGAAUUCUGUACAUGAUGAAGGCUUCAUCUCAAAACCUCACCUUGUUCAAAGAUUCUGCUGCUCAGACAGUGAGAAGUGUUCUGCCCAUCAAAGGAUUUAUUUAGAUCAGAAAUCCGUCUUAUGUUCUAUAUGUGGGAAAUGUUUUCAUAAUAAAUCAGAUCUUACUCGGCAUCAGUCAAUUCACACAGAAGUGAAAGUACACUCUUGUGCUGAAUGUGGGAAAUGCUUUACACGCCCCUCACAUCUUCGUGUACAUCAGAUUAUUCACACAGGAGAGAAACCCUUCACAUGCCCCGAGUGCGGUAAAUGUUAUAAUUCUAGUACUGGUCUACGGAAACACAUGAGUCAAAUUCACUCAGGAGACAAAGGGCACUUAUGUGUGGAAUGUGGAAAAUACUUUACUAUUUUGGCAGAUCUUGUUGAGCAUCUGAGGUGUCACACGGGAGUGAAAUCAUAUAAUUGUGCUAAGUGUGGAAAGUAUUUUGCCAAGAAAUAUGAUCUUAGUCAACAUAAAAUGACUCACGCGAAAAAGGAACAUUUCUUAUGUUCUGAGUGUGGAAAAUACUUUAGUAAUAUGCAAAACCUCAUUAGACAUAAGUGGACUCACACAGGAGAGGAGCCAUUUUCGUGUUCGAAAUGUGGGAAAAGUUUUACACUUAAGUCGAGUCUUGUUCAACACCAGAGGGUUCAUACAAAACUGAAGCCAUUUUCUUGCUCUGAAUGUGGGAAAUGUUUCAGUAAUAAAGCAAAUUAUUCUAAACAUCAGAUGAUUCACAAACUGGUGGAAGUACACUCAACAGGAAUGAUGAAAUUGCAUUUACAAGUUCAUCCCCAAGAUCACCCUGUGUAAGUAGUCCGUGUUGGCUAAACGUUUUACAACUUACCUGGAGUUUGCUGGGUGCAGGUCACUGCCUCCGUUGAGAGACAGAAACUGGAUGCUCAGUGCAGAGAGCUUGCGGCUCUCAUAGAGGAGGUGACUGGCACCGGUAGACCCCAAGUAAGUCGUCAAAUUUUGGCAAACAGUUUGACUACUAACACUUGGUUGCCAGGGCAUCCUGACAUCUAAACCAUUGCAGUGUGCUGUUGUGGUCAUGGUGCUUAGAGUGUUUGUUUAUUGGAACACUCUAACAUUAGGAAUACAAACAUGUAUUCCUAGAGUAUUGGAUGGGACCCUUCCAGAUACAAUCAUAUAAAUCUGUUAACUUCCUUUUAGCCACCGGUGUCCCAGUCUUUUCGUAGCCACUGCCCCUCCUCUGGCUCCUUAGUGCUUGUGAUCUCAGUCAAUCCAAUCCUUUCCCAUAGGGAAGCAUUGUGGGUGGCUAAUGUGCAUGUGUAGUAAUUGCUGUGCUGCUCCAAUCAGCAUCUCCUCAUAGAUCUGUCUUUACUCUGCAUUUAUAUGAGGAAUGUUUGGUGAGGGGACACAAAAAGUUGAUACUGCAAAAAUCUUAGAACCGCAACCUGGAAGCCCCUCUAGUGUCUCUCUGACCGCAAGAGGUUGCCUUAGGCAGCAAUGUAACCCUUGCCUUUAUCGGAAAGCUGCCACAGAAACAUUACAUUAAGUUGAGUGACCCUUUAACCCCUUAAGGACACAUGACAUGUGACAUGUCAUGAUUCCCUUUUAUUCCAGAAGUUUGGUCCUUAAGGGGUUAAGCAUCAGAGGAUUAGAGUGAGAAAUAUUUAUAAUGAUUGUCGUGUGUUUUUUGUGAUCAAAUCUUGUUACACAUCAGAUGGAAAAAACAUUGCAUAAGCCAAAUCACUGAACAAACACACUGAUUUGAGUUUGGUAAAAUGCUCAUCAUGUAAGACUGGUUCCCAAACCACUCACAGGCCAGGAUUUAUAUUUCCCUUUUCUAUUCCAACGGAGAUACUGACAAAACGUGGACCGUGGCUGGAGCAUGAAGACUGGUUUGGGAACCAAUGCUGUGAGGUAUGUGAGUACAAUAUAGGAGAACCAUUUGAAAAACAAAACAGCAGGAUUAUGUAUAGAAUCCUAAAUCUUGCUUUCUGGGAAAAUGAUAUAAUAGUAAAUAUUAAAUCAUGAUGUGUACUUUAAAAAAAAAAAAAAAAAAGACUCCCAUGCUGCUGUCCACCAUUUAAACUAUGGAAAAUUAAACCACAAACUCCAAUUUUUGCAUAUUCCAUGGUGGCUUUUUCAAACAUUCAGAUAAAAUUAUUUGCAUUGUAUGUGAAUAUUGCAUUUGUAUUUUGCAGCUUCUGCAGUGAGCUCUAGCUAGACCAGAAUGUAAUUCUGCAGUGCUCCGAAUAUGCCCUACUCUAGAAAGACCAUCGCUAAAACAGAAAUCCUUAAAACACCUGCUGUGCAGAUUUUUAUUUUUUAGUUCUGUCUUAACUUUUUUUGUGUCUAGUUACUGUGUUCUCUCCUGUUAGAAUAAAGAUUUAAUAUACAUUGAAGGAUAUAUUGUGGUGGAUUAUAUGAAUUGUGAAUACCUAUUCACAAUGGUUCAAACGGGAGAUUGUAUAAUGCUUGUUAAAACAUUAAGAAUUCAGACUAGGUCACUAGAGAAAGUGUCUGUCAGGUACUUGAUGUUCCCAAAGGAAAUGUAAACUUAAAUUAUCCAGAUUAAAUCCCAUAAUCUGCCUGGGUUGCAUUUAAGGUUUUAUCUCCAGCAAGGUGUAAUUGAAAUGACAUCGAUUUUAAACCACUAGUCCGUAAGACUCAAUUUAAAGCAUGGGUUUUCUACAUAAAUUAAAAUUUUUCAUGGUUGUUAUCUUAAUAUUUAUUAUCAGAUGAAGGUUUCGUUUUUAGAAUAAUGAUUUAACAUCAGGCCAUGCAUUUUGCAUUAGCCUUACCCAUAAGUAGCGGAAGUUCAUUGUAUUAUUCCCAUGCUGGGUUUCUCUUAUAUCCUGCUGCCAUUUUAUUUUUAUGUAUUUUUUACUCAAGGAACGGACAGCCACUAGAGGGCUUCCUGGUUUGAAAUGGACCCUUGGUUCGUUGUCCGACGCUGGACGUCCUCACACUUUGCAUGAGGACCUCCAGCGUCAGAUUUUUCCCCAUAGGAAAGCAUUGAUUAAUGUGCCUUCCUAUGUGGAAAUUUUAAUGCGAGUGCGGCCAUUGUCACGCAUGCACAUUAGGUCUCCAACUGACGUCUGCAGGGAAGGAAUGUGGGCAGAACCUGACCCAGUAUCGAGUAGCAUGGGCGCUGGAUCCAGGUAAGUGACUGAAGGAUUUAUAAUCCCUUCAGCCGCGCGGGAGAUGGUGUGUGAGGGAGAGGAGCACUAUAGAAUCCCUUUAAGGUAUUUUUUCUGUACUCUGCAAGCUUAUUUUAGUAUUUUUUGUCUUAUUGCAGCAGUACAGAAUAGUCAUAGCCUCUAUUUGGAAAGGUAACCAGUGUAUAUGAACUAAUGAAAUACAAACCCCUCCCACAUAGUCACCAUAAAAACUGGUACAUCUCAGGGGGUGGGGCCUGAACCGCAUGGCGGAUGUACGUGUUGUGGUAGGGCUCCUGCUACAGAUUGAACUUUAAGCCAAUAUAUACCACUCCCAUCACCCCAAUCAGCCCUUUCUAGUGUCCCAGAACAGAGUCUUGCAGGGCUCACCACAGAGGUUCUUCAGCUAUCUUACCCGGAGGUACCUUUGGGGCCUAGUAGACACUAGAUGGUCGGGGGAGGUGGCCGAUCUCCCAAACCAAGAGAUGUGACACCCACUCAGAGGGUUAAGCUGCCCCGUUGUCACCACCCCCUCUCCCCCCCACACUUUGGACCUGCGGGGGUCAUCCUGGUUCCCACUGGCCUGUACUCACCACAGCUGUAGGCUGCACGCUCCUCGACCGCAGAAACUCCUGUCAAAAUGGUGGAUGUGCCAUACUCCCAGAGGCCUACUCCUACAGAGUCUGUGCAAGUUUCUCACUGAGCUGUUGAGUGGUCCAUGCAGAAAUUGGACGCAAUCUUCCAGCGAUUUUGGGACACCCUGGCUGUGCGACGAACAACAACUGUGAUUUUUUUAAAGCAGUCUGUGGGGUGUUGGAUAGGGGGAGUCCAGGGCCAAUCCAGGCAUACCUGUCCCUCAAGCACCAGUUGCACCUAAAGUUCACCCACAAGGGCCAUCAGGGGAUCAACCCUGAAGCAUCGAUCACGCAGGCAGAGGAUCAUGGGCCACCGGUGGCGUUUAAACAUCAAGGUCGUCUGUAUUCCACACAAUGGGGUGGACUUGGACUCUGUGAGCCCCCGAGUCCAUGGCUCUGUGAUGCAGGCCUCGGUACUGGCCUGGCGCUGGGAGCAAGCUUUGGCUGUCCCCUUCAAUGACGCUUCCCAGAGCAAAAGGAGUGUCUACCUUCAGCAACUCAACUGGCCAGCGAGAAGAGCCGUAGCUCACAGCAUGAGCUUGUUGCUUGGCGUGGAACUGGCCUGCAUGUUAGGUCGGGUUAAUCUUGGCUGGAAAACCCUACUACACCACUCGCAACUGCCGCACCAACAUUACAAGGACUCUGGCCAUACUUUUUCUGACAGGCUAUUUCGCUCACCGCUCAUGCAGGACUCCUUACUCUUUGAUAUAACCUCUUGCAAGUUUUAAAGCAGAGAUUCCUGUUUUUUUUUCUCCUUUGUGUCCUAACCCAGUGGCAUACCCAGCGUUAUCAUAUUACCUUUGUAUAUACCGUUUUAGCAGCAUGUUCUAUCAGUUAUUUCACUAUCACUACCUGUCUAACAGAUCUUGUCCCUUUUCACUACCACUACCACCACAGGCAUGUAAAUGUGGUUUAAGAUGUCCUAUGUCUCAAUACCUCUGAAUAUUUCUGUUUCUCCUAUAUAACAAAUAGUGCAUAUCUUCUACAUAUCAAAUAUUAUAAUGUCAUUUAACCAUCCUGUACAACUAUACUGAUGUGUUAUCGCUUUGAUUGUUAACCCUUGCA